UGAUCGUGGGAAAUAAACUUAUUUAUAAACAGCGUAUCCUUGAAAAUAAUUGUUAUUGACGAAGUACCUGGGAAGUAAAGAUUCUUGAAAAAUGGGUUGGUUCUUCCUUUUAAUAAUAUUGUCGAGUUGUAUAGCUAUUGAUUUGUCAGAGGGUAGCCAUGGCCAUCAUCAUCAGAAGAAAUCUGAUGUUGUUGUUGGAACUGUUUACUGUGAAACUACAUGUUUCCAUGAGGAUGUUUCCAUGAGUAGCAGCCAUUUCAUUUCAGGUGCUUCUGUUGCUGUGGAAUGCAAAGAUGGGACGACGAGUUCAAGGCCGAGUUUUGUGGAGGAAGUGAAAACAAACGAGUAUGGUGAAUUCAAAGUUCAGCUUCCUUUCUCGGUUAGCAAAAGGGUGAAGAUGAUCAAUCGAUGUUCCGUGAAAUUGGUUAGAAGCGGUGAGCCGGGUUGCGAUGCGGUGGCCUCGAUGCCAACUUCGUCUGCACUCCAUCUGGUGUCGAGAAAGCAUGGAACUCAUGUUUUUUCAGCUGGGGUUUUCAGCUUCAAGCCAUUGAAACAACCCAUCAUGUGUAAAAAUGGAGUCCAGCAUCAUCAUCUUGAAUCUUUCUUUUUCUUCCCUCCAAACCCUUUUUUUCCUCCGCCACUGUUUCCAAACCCCUUUCAGCCUCCACCACUGCUUCCUCCAAUUCUGCCGCCACCGGCUCCGUUGAUUCCAAAUCCUUUCCAACCUCCACCAGCACCACUAAUUCCAAUCCCCUUCCAGCCUCCGCCAGCUCCACUUAUUCCAAACCCCUUCCAGCCUCCUCCAGCACCAGCUCCAUUAAUUCCAAACCCCUUCCAGCGUCCUCCGGCACCGCCAGCUCCAUUAAUUCCGAACCCCUUCCAGCCUCCUCCAGCACCUCCAGCUCCAUUAAUUCCAAACCCCUUCCAGCCUCCUCCAGCACCACCUGCACCACCAGCACCAUGGUUCCAUCUUCCACCAAUUCCAGGACUAACUCCACCGUCACCACCACCUCCAUCUCCACCUCCACCAGCCUUCCCUUUUCCUCUUCCACCAAUCCAUAUACCACCUUUCCCUGGUAUCCCCCCUGCUUCUGCAUCUACUUCACCAUAGAAAUCUUCUCCUUAGUUGAAUACCAUACGCUCCAUUCACUCUUUAUUUGUUUCUUUUCCACUUUCUGAUUAUUAUAUAUUAUAUACAGUUACAUAAUCUACCUAAAUCAGUUCUCUUGGUUGUUUGUAGAGUGAUCGGCUGUGCCAUUGUCAGUAAGAAGCCACCGUGACGGGCACAAUUAUUGUACUAUAUAAAUAAUAAAUGAAGUUUCUGCAAAA